UCAAAUGUAUAAUUUAUUAUUUUUCUAGGGCAUAAUUUGUUUAUUUACAUGCAAAAAUUAACUGAAAGGAAGUUGUGAUUAUUGCAUAUCAGUUUUGUAAUUCAGUAAAGCACCUGCAAUUUGAUAAGUAGAAAUGCAUGGAUAUACUUGAGUAGUUGAGUAUUUAUGCUCUAGUCAAUGCUGAGGUUGAUUUCAUGGGAGGAGAUAUUGACGGUAGGCUAGAAGUUUCUUCUACACUUCCUUUGCAGCAAUUAUUGGAUCUUGAGAAAACUCAAGCGGAGCUUAGGCAAACGUUCAAUGUUGCUGAGAAAUUUAGAAGAGAAUUAGAAUAUCUUCAAAAAGGUGGCAAUCCAUUAGAUUUGAUAUGUGGAGAUGGUACGUCAGUUAGUGGCCAGUCCACAUCGUUGGCAGGCCACCAUCUAGAGCAGUUUGUGGCAAGUGACACGAAAGGUAAUUUUGGGGUAACAGCUUCAUCCCUUAAUGAUUCUGUUGGAAGUAGUGGUAGACUUGGGGGCCAUUUAGUCUGUGAUCCAAAUAGUGCUGAUAACCUUGUGCUCUUUGAUGGUAACAAUAAGUUUCCUAAAGUUGAAAGGAGAUCUAUUGCUCCUUUGGAACACUACUCUCAGUUGCAUUCUGGUCAACAUGCCAUGGCAUCAGGUGAUUCUGUCGCAUUAGAAGUGCCCAAAAAGUCGUAUAAGCGUAGGAAUAGGUCUCGACCAAUCCAUGAUGGAGCUCGAUUAAGUCCUUCUAGGGAUGUCAAAGAAUUGGUAGUUGCAGCCGCUGUGGCGCUUAAUGAUUUGUCAAGUAUUAACUCCAAGAUUAAAGGUUCUACUGCUAGUGUGACUAUCAAAAAUUUAGAUUCUAACAGUCGCUUAGACACAGAUAUAUUGGCUGUAGAAACUACAGUUGGUCAGAUUCAGGGCUCAUCCUUUACUAUCUCUACUGGGUCACAUAAUUUUCGAAGGAAUCAACAUAAUUCCACUAAGGGUUUCGACUCCGAGUCAUCAUGCUCCCAAAAUGGUCAAAGUUUAGAUGUUAAUAAUGACAACAAGUUGCCUACGAGUCCAGGAAAUAUAAAUCGUAAUGGGAAAACAGACCAAAUUUUGGCUACUAAUGAGGUUAAGGAAGGUAAUGAACUGGUUAAAGAAACGGAUUGUACGGUAUCAAAAAAUUUCAAUUGUAAUUUUGAUAUAUGUUACGGGGCCCUUAAUGAGGAUAAUUCUGUAAUCAAGGAAGUGGAGGGUUUAAAAAGUUCCGAAUCUCCCCUGCAAAAUGGGUCAAAGAAUCUUGUCUCAGCUGAAGGAGUCAACCCAGACGGUUUUGCUGGCUCAGAAACAGAAAGGAAACCCUGUGACAGACCUCAGGAUUCAGUUGAUACAUCCGAGUCUAAAUUGUCUGUUAGGGCUCCGAAUGAUGUUUCUGAGCAACCUGUAAACUCUCAGGACAACUUGAACCUGCCCCCUAGAGCUCCCAAUGAUGUUUCUGAGCAACCUGCAAACUCUCAGAACUUGUACUUGGGCACUGAGGUCCAUGAAGACUAUAUCUUAAAAGAAGCUCAGAUAAUAGAGGAGAAACAUAAGAGAAUGAGUGAACUAUGUCUGAGCACAUUGUCACUGCAAAGCCAUCAAAUUUCACAUUGGGAUUUUGUUCUUGGGGAAAUGGCAUGGUUAGCUAAUGAUUUUGCACAGGAGCGCCUUUGGAAGUUAACUGCAGCUGCUCAAUUUUCUCGACGAGCUGCUUUUGCAUCACAUGUAAGGUUUCAACGGCAAAUUUCAUUGUGGAAGCAAAAAGAAGUAGCCCAAAUCUUGGGUAGAGAUGUCAUGGAGUUUUGGUACAUGACAGAGGAAAAAUGCAAGGAUUUGGAGCUUCAGUGUCUGAAAACAGAUUCUAAACAAGGGCUUCAGGGAUAUGUUAUGAGAUUUUUGAAGUAUAAUAGUGUUCAUGCUCAUUGUAGUACAGAACACGUAUCUUCAACUCCUGAUCUUAUAUCUGAUGUGGGCACCAUAGGCUGGGACGAUAAUUGGACACAAGAAAACCUUGUCUAUACGGUACCACAUGGUGCAGUUGAGGCCUAUAGAAAAUCUAUUGAAUCUCAUUUGCUACGUUUUGAGAGAACCUGGAAUGGUCUGCAGGAAGAAGUGGAUACAUCUAAAUGUGAUGCUGUUGCAGUUGAUGCAUAUGAAGAUAAAGAUGGAGCAACAAGGGUAUAUGAUUUGGCGAGGGAAUCUGAACGUAGCAAGGAGUCAAAUGAUAGCGAGAAGAGUGAGAAAAAUUUUAAGUUUAAUGCUGCAAGAUCAUAUGAGAUGGGAGCUGAUUUGCCAUUCAUGCAAUCUAUUGGAAAGAAUAUCGAUACUCAACCCUCUGUAUUAAGUGGGAAAAGGUCUGGCAGCAGUCUAAAUGUUUCAGUUACCACAAAUCAUGUCCACACUGCUUCCAGGCAAAGGAUCGUAGGUUCACUUAGUGCUCUGAACAAGACAGAUGCUUCUAGUGACGAAACCAAUUCUUUUCAGGACGAGCAUAGUGGGGGAGCCCAUAUGCCGAAUAACAUCGAAGCUCAAUCAUUGGGUGACUACGAAAAGCAGUUAUGGUUUGAUUCCGUUGAAGUGUCUGAUAGACCCCGAAAAAUAAAGAAAGCUAGGCAUCAGCAGGGAUUCUCAUAUAAACACCGAUGGCAAUUUGAUUCUGGAUUUCAAAAUGACAAGAAGGAUCAUUUAAAAAGGAGACUCGAUGUUCAUCAGUUAGAUAAUGGAAGCAAUGGUUUAUACAUUCAACACAACGUGAAAAAGAUGAAGAUAAGGCAAUCAUCCAAUGAUAUUCGCCCCUUCUGUCGUUCAGUUUCUUCUCCAAUGACAUCUAAGAUGAUUAACAUGUCCAACCCAAAAAAGUUCAUGGAAUUACUUGUACGCGAUGGCCGUAAAAAAUCAAAAACUCUUAAGAUGCAGGCUGGGCAGCCUGGUUCAGGAAGCUUAUGGUCAUUAUUUGAAGAUCAGUUUCUUAUAGUGCUGGUACAUGAUAUGGGGCCUAACUGGGAGCUAAUAAGCGAUAUUACUAACAGCAAUUUGCAAUUUAAGUGUAUCUUCCGGAGUUCUAAUGAAUGCAAAGAGCGCCAUAAAGUGUUAAUGGACAGAAGUACUGGUGAUCGAGCUGACUCUGCGGAAGAUUCCGAGUCGGGUCAACCAUAUUCAUCUAUGUUACCUGGCAUCCCUGAGGGAAGUGCAAGACAAUUAUUCCAAAGGUUGCAGGGACCAAUGGAAGAGGAAACUCUCAAAUCCCAUUUUGAGAAAAUCAUUGUGAUUGGGAAAAAGCAGUACAACAGAAGGAAACAGAAACAUAGUCAAGAUCCAAAACAACUCCAGCCACCUCAUAGUUCCUUCAAACUUGCUCUUUCUCAAGUCUCACCAAACAACCUCAAUGGUGGGGAUGUCCUAACGCCUUUCGACUUGUGUGAUGCACCCCUGGAUGGUUGUCAAAAUUCUCACAAUGGUGGGUUACAAGUUUUGGAUCAGGGAAACGAAAUGUCAAUGCUUCCUGGCUCCAGUACAAGUUCUUUUGUAUCGGGUUCUUCCACUUUGGCUUCUGGCAAUGAAUUUUCAUCUGCAUCGGUUCUUAAUCCUUCUAUUAGGGACGGGAGAUAUGGCAUCCCUAGAAAGGGCCUCUUACCAAAAGAUGACCCACAAAGAACGCACCAGUAUAAUCAUAUGCUCUCUUCCAGGACUAACACGUCACCUGGAUCUCAUUUAGCAAUGGGUCGAGGCAUUCCUAUGUUAUCUUCUGGGAAUAAUGUUGGUGUUAUCUCAGCGGUGAAUAGAGGGAUGCCAAUGGCUAGACCAGCGUUCCAUGGGAUUCCUUCCAUGCCAAGUACUGUCAGUAUGCACUCUAGGGCUGUUCCAGGUCAAGGAAGCUCAAUCUCGCGACCUCAUAAUGGCAUGUAUUUGAUGAGGCCCAAUCACAACCAGAACACCGACCAUCAAAGGAAAAUUCCACCAGUUUCUCAAGGUCAAAGCAGUCGAGUAGUUUCUCAGUUUGUUCCCAACAUUUCACAUCCAGGCUUUGAAAUGCGGAUUGUUAAAGAGAGAAAACUUAAGCAACAGCGUGAUCUACAACAUCAACAAUUUGCUACAUCCAAUGCCAUGAUUCCACUUGUGCAAUCACCAAAGUCUCAUCUUCCUGUUACAUCUCCACAAACUAGUAUUGAAAUACAAUCACGAGAACCUCCACUACUGCCACCUCAUGAGAAUAUGUUGAAUUCUCAAACAGGUGGCAACCAGAUACUAAAACAGCAAUACCAAUCACACAAUUUUAAACAACACCAGCAGAAGGCACAUUCCAGUCAAGUACAGGCUAAACUUCAACAGCAGAAGCCCGAUAAUAGCAAGCAUCAAAAUCAUGUUCCAUCAUUGCUUGCCUCGCCUAGUAUAAUGCCACGCCAAAAGUUAGUGAAUUUGUCUCACUUAGCAUCUCCUAAGAAAAUGCUAAAGAAUGAGUUGGUAAAUUCUUCUGAAGAGCCAUUAACUAGUAGUAAGCUGCAAGCGUCUCCACCUCAAACACGUGGUACUGGGGAUAGCAGUGAGCCAGUUUGAACAAAUGAUUAUCCAAAGUAUGAUUCAUUGGGCAAUAUCAGAUACUUGGUUUCAUCUCAUCGGUCAUAAUGGGUGUGCAAAAUCUGCAGCCUCAUGUGUUUGCUAAUUUUGAAUCGGAGUGGAGCAUGCGAACAAAUUUUUGAUUAAACAUGGAACAGACCAUUCCGAUUUGGCUGCCAUCCGCCGGUAAUAACGAUGUACAGGUAGCUACUUCGUAACUUUUGAUAUUAGCCUUGUAGAUGAAGCUCAUAAUCAGAUGAUCAGUAGAAAACAGGAGUUAACGAGCGUUUAGAAAUAUGAUCUAUAGCUAAAGUAAUUAUGGCAGUUCAAAUUCUUGUGUAUACUGUACAAAAUCAGUAGUUGUAGGUGCCUUGAGGAAGAUACCGGUGGUCUCUGUACAGGAGUUCCUUCUCCCCCAACAUUAUUGUUGGUCUUUUGAUUUAUUAUUGGCUAUUUUGUUAAGAGCGGUUUUUAGUUGUCUUUUGCCAGUAACAUUCGAUUUUUGUGAAUAUUAGUCUCAUUUAGAGUAGAGGAGGAACACUGUUAUUGAAAAUGAUUUUUGUGUA